UCAUCCUCAAAGAGAAAAAGAAGCAAUCAAGAAGCAACUCAUCUCGUUUGGCAUAUCAAUAAAAGAGCAAAUGACUGUCCAACUCAGUACAUGUCUCACGUUUCAACCCAUGAAGUCACCUUCCUUUAAUUUGUCUUCGAUCGCCAAUCCCAGCCAAAGAUCUCCCAAGUCCAUGUCCUCCAAUCUUGGCUCUGGCUCCACCUCCAAGGAGAACGUCAAGAACCCUUCUGUUCAUCGCAGGGAGGCACGUGUUCAGGUAACCCACUCCAUGCCACCCGAAAAGAUCGAAAUAUUCAAAUCCAUGGAGGAUUGGGCCGAGAAGAAUGUAUUGGUUCACUUGAAACCUGUCGAGAAUUGUUGGCAACCACAAGACUUUCUGCCGGAUGCAGCAUCAGAUGGAUUUGAAGAACAAGUUAGGGAACUUAGGGAGAGGGCUAGGGAAAUCCCUGAUGACUACUUUGUUGCUUUGGUUGGAAGCAUGAUAACAGAAGAAGCCCUUCCUACUUAUCAGACAAUGCUUAAUACUUUGGAUGGAGUUAGAGACGAGACAGGUUCGAGCCUAACACCUUGGGCCAUUUGGACAAGAGCAUGGACUGCGGAGGAGAAUAGACAUGGUGACCUCCUGAACAAGUACUUGUACCUGUCUGGACGAGUGGACAUGAAACGAAUUGAGAAAACGAUUCAGUAUCUGAUCAGGGCAGGGAUGGAUCCUUGUACGGAAAACAGUCCCUACCUCUGCUUCAUAUACACAUCAUUUCAAGAAAGAGCAACGUCUAUUUCUCAUGGAAACACUGGCAGGCUUGCUAAGGCACAUGGGGAAAUGAAAUUGGCUCAAAUUUGUGGUACGAUUGCAUCAGAUGAGAAGCGUCAUGAAACAGCCUAUACAAAAAUCAUGGAAAAGCUCUUCGAGAUCGAUCCAGAUGGCACUGUCUUGGCACUUGCUGACAUGAUGAGAAAGAGAAUCACUAUGCCAGCUCAUUUGAUGUAUGAUGGUUGUGAUGACAACAUUUUCUCCCAUUACUCGGCUGUUGUACAGAGGCUCGGUGUUUAUUCGGCAAAAGACUAUGUAGAUGUCCUGGAGUUUAUGGUGGGAAGGUGGAAGGUGGAGUGUCUGACUGGACUUUCAGCAGAGGGAAGAAGAGCCCAGGAUUACGUGUGCGGUUUAGUACGAAAAAUUAGAAGGCUGGAGGAGAGAGCUUCGGAAAGGGCCGAGGAAGCACUCACUAUUCCCUUUAGCUGGAUUUCUGAUAGACCAGUGAAGCUUUAGGGUAUAAAUUUACCAUAUGGCGGUUGAAAUUAGUCUUUUACAAGCUUGUAGUCACAAGAUAUUUAGAUGACAAUAAGAAAAUCCCAAGUCGUGUAGGGAUAUUGCAGUGACAUGAUCUGUUCAACCUAUAGACUCUGUAUCUCUGCGUGCUAGACAAAUAUUACUACUGGACUGAUUUGUGCUAGUUAAAAUGGUGCAUGCAUCAUUGCAGUUGCUUAUGUUGAAGAUUUCCAACUCGUUGAGCCCAAAUGUUCUAUGUUGGUUGUACUGGGAGAAAUGCCUGAGAGAUA